UAUUUGAAAUUAAACAAACCCUCUUCUUCUCUCUCUUUCUUUUCCUUUUUUCUUCCUUUUAAAUUUUAAAAUUUUGUGCUUUUUCUCCAAGUUUUUCAUUGGUGGAGCCGUGGGAGGAUUGAAAUUGAGUGACCCAAAUGACCCAUUUCAAAAUCACUGGGAGUAGGGCUUUGUGGGUUCGGUGGUGGCUCAGUGAGGCCUCCAAUUCUUCAGUAUUUGAAUCUGUUUUUGGAGCUGUGGCUUAGAAUUCAAGGGUUCUUCUCUCUCUCUCUCUCUCUCUCUCUACAUUUAUGAAUGGAUUUCAUAAAGGAAUAUUAAAUCCAAUCAGAGCUUCGUCGGAAAGUUGCACCCAUAAAGGUUAUCCCCACCCGCUUCCCUUAAUUUCUCUCUCUCUUUCUCUCUUGUUUUCUCUGCAACUCCUUUUCAUUUGGUGCUUUUAGGGCUUCGAUCGUUACCCAGAUGAAUUCAACGUUGGAUAUGGUUCAGCUGAGAUUUCUGUGAGAGUUAUUGUAAAUAGGAGGAUUAGUAGCCAUGGCAGCAGAAUCCAACACGGGGUUUCACCGUGACGAAACGUUGCGUUCCGCUUUGAAUCGGCACGCCAUAUCUUUUCAAUCUACAGCAACAACCAGCAGCUCGGAGAUGAUGACAAUGGGGAAUUAUUUUGGGGUUAACAACACGCCCGCCAUAAUGUUUUCGGGGAAUUCGAGUGUCGUCAACAACAACAACAACCACAACCACAACCAUCCUGUUAUCAGCCAAGCUGCCAAUUCAUCUGGUUCUCUGCUUCUUGAUACUGUUCCAGGUCUCAAGCAUGAUGCUGGGUUAGCGGUUGAAUGGUCUGUGGAAGAACAAUUCAAAUUGGAGGAAGGUCUUGUCAGGUUUGCUGAUGAACCAAGCAUUUUGAGGUAUAUCAAGAUCGCUGCCAUGAUACGCGAUAAAACCGUCCGGGAUGUUGCUUUAAGGUGUAGGUGGAUGACUAGAAAACGAAGGAAGCCUGAAGAACAUAUUGGAAAGAAAGUGAACAAUCGAAAGAACCAAUUUCUUAUGGAUGUUCAGGAUAAGCUGGUGGAGUCAUCUUUAAAAAUAAACACACCUUCAGCCCCUGGACCCAGCAUGGCUGCAUAUUCUCAUAUGAUGCAUAAUAUAAACAGAAACAUAAAUUCGCCUUCUGAAGUCUCAGAGAUAAGCAGUGCAGCUGCACAUCUUCUGGAACAGAAUGCUCAAGCUUUUAGUCAAAUUACUGCCAACCUUUCCAUGUACAAGUUGCAGGAUAACAUAGACCUGUUCUGUCGGACAAGGAAUAACAUUAUUGCUAUCUUAAAUGACAUGAGAGAAACUCCAGGCAUACUGAGCAAAAUGCUACCACUUCCUGUAUCUAUAAAUGAAGAUCUUGCAAAUAGAAUUUUACCUAGCACAACCUGGUAAGAUCUCUAACAAUAACAUGCUUGGCAGGUGCGAGGAACACAGAAAAGUUUCUGAUUUUUGGAUUGAAUUCUCUCAUUGAGCUCUGUAACAUAAAAGAUAACCCCAAGUCAAAGUUUUAAUGUAAGCUACAAGAACAGAGGAAGUUUUAGCGAAGAAAAAAAGGGAAAAAAGAGAAGAAAAUGAAGAAUGGGAGUGAUUUCUGAUGUGUUCUUGUGUUUUGAAUUGGUUGGUCAGAAUUGGAUCUUUGGCCCUUGGUUGUGUUUUAUGCCAGCACCAGGGCCAUUGCAAGGAAAUAUGAACACGGAGAGGAAGACGAUGACGAUGACGACGAUGUAGAGGUGAUUGGUCGAGGUAACAGCUAUCCCGCUGCUGCCCAAUCAAACGGAAUCCAGUUGAUGGCUGAGAAAAGAGUGUUUGAUAUUGAUGUAUGUCAUGUCUGUGAGCUCCUUCAACACAGAGUAUUAACAGUGGAAGUAAGUGUCAGAUGCAGAUAUAUUGGUCGGGAGAUUUGAGUAAUGGGGAGAGAGAGAGAGAGAGAGAGAGAGAGAGAGGACAAAUAACAUUAUUGUGGAGAAAUAUUUGAUAUGAAAGUAUAAUUGGAGGAGCUGAAAUGAUUCUGUUACCAAUAAUUGGAUUCCUGUGGUGUUCUCUGUGUUGGAGGCUACUUUGAUCAAUUGGGUUGAAUGGAAAAUAGACCUUCACACUAUU